CUCGCGGUCCCCUCCUGCCCCCCCGGCCGUCCCGGCGGCCAUUGCUCCAAGAUGGCGGCGGCGGCGGCGGCGGCAGUGCAGCUGAGCUGGGCUGGAACCGCCUCCCUGGAACUCCCCCAGCCUGCAACGUAGGAGGAUGCCCUGGAGGCCCAGCUAGGGCCUGAAUUUGGCCCCAUGCGGCUCACCCGCUGCCAGGCUGCCCUGGCAGCCGCCAUCACCCUCAACCUCCUGGUCCUCUUCUAUGUAUCCUGGCUGCAGCACCAGCCCAGGAACUCCCGGGCCCGGGGUCCCCGUCGCGGAUCUUCCGCCCCCCACGUCACCAUCCUGGUGCGGGAGUUCGAGGUCUUUGACAACGCAGUUCCUGAGAUGGUGGAUUCCUUCCUGCAACAGGACCCAGCCCAGCCGGUGGUGGUGGCAGCCGACACACUCCCGUACCCACCCCUGGCCCUGCCCCGCAUCCCCAACGUUCGCCUGGCGCUGCUGCAGCCUGCUCUGGACCUGCCCGCCGCAGCCUCGCGCCCCGAGACCUACGUGGCCACUGAGUACGUGGCCCUGGUGCCCGAUGGGGCAAGGGCCGAGGCACCAGGCCAGCUGGAGCGUAUGGUGGAGGUGCUCCGAACGGGAGGUGCACGCCUGGUGGCCGCGCGGGUCGCCUCAGCCAACCCUGCCCGGUGCCUGGCCCUGAACGUCAGCCUGAGGGAGUGGACAGCCCACUACAGCCCGGCCCCCUCCGCACCCCGCUGCGACGCCCUGGAAGGGGAUGCUGUGGUACUCCUGCGCGCCCGCGACCUCUUCAAUCUCUCAGCGCCCCUCGCCCGGCCGGUGGGCACUGGCCUCUUCCUGCAGACGGCCCUGCGAGGCUGGGCAGUGCAACUGCUGGACUUGACCUUCCCGGCUGUGCACCAGCCCCCGCUGGCCACGGCCCACGCACGGUGGAAGGCGGAGCGUGAAGGACGCGCGCGAAGGGCGGCGCUGCUGCGGGCGUUGGGCAUCCGCCUGGUGAGCUGGCAGGGUGGGCGCCUCGAGUGGUUCGGCUGCAGCAAGGAGACCCCACGCUGCUUCGGGACCGUGGUGGGUGACACGCCAGCCUACCUGUACGAGGGGCGCUGGACGCCUCCGUGCUGCCUGCGAGCGUUGCGUGAGACCGCCCGCUACGUGGUGGGUGUGCUGGAAGCGGCUGGCGUGCGCUACUGGCUGGAGGGCGGCUCGCUGCUGGGGGCGGCACGCCAUGGGGACAUCAUCCCGUGGGACUAUGACGUGGACCUGGGCAUCUACCUGGAGGAUGUGGGCAACUGUGAGCAGCUGCGGGGGGCCGAGGCGGGCUCCGUGGUGGAUGAGCGUGGCUUCGUGUGGGAGAAGGCCAUAGAGGGCGACUUCUUCCGCGUGCAGUACAGCGAAAGCAACCACCUGCACGUGGACCUGUGGCCCUUCUAUCCCCGCAACGGGGUCAUGACCAAGGACACGUGGCUGGACCACCGGCAGGAUGUCGAGUUCCCUGAACACUUCCUGCAGCCUCUCGUGCCCCUGCCCUUUGCCGGCUUCGUGGCACAGGCGCCUAACAACUACCGCCGCUUCCUGGAGCUCAAGUUUGGCCCUGGGGUCAUCGAGAACCCCGAGUACCCCAACCCGGCACUCCUGAGUUUGGCAGGAAGCGGCUGAAGUCCUGACUCCCGCGCUUGGGGUCAGGGGAACCAUCUUUUGUCUUGGUGUCGCUGGCAUUUGGUGGGCGGGCCAGGGAUGCCAAGCCGCUCUUCAGGGCCCAGCACAGUUCGAGACAUCAAAACCAUGUCCUGCCCAACAUUUCCAGGAAUCCUGGGUUCCGGUGCUGGGACAGAAUUUUGGAAAGAGAGGGAGAAAGUAUAGAUUCUGGGGCCGGACUGCCACGAUUCAGCCCCCGGGUCUAACACUUAACAGGUGGCCCUGGGCUAGUGUUCCGGUUUCUCUGCCUCAGUUUCCUUCAGGAUUCAGUGUCUGGCACAUAAAGAACGCCAGGACGUUGGCUGCUAGGCUUGCUUUAACCACUAGAGGGCGCCUUUGUCCUACCAUGGGGCCAAGACAACAGCAAGCCCAGGACCUGUGCUCCAUAGCUUUCACGGCUCUUGAGCCUUUGGUGUUCUGCCUGAACCUCUGUGCCCCGCCAGGCAGGAUAACCAUCACCCCUUCUUCCGGAAUGCGACUUCCUCCCUUCCUGGGAGAGCCCUGUUGAGGUGCAUGCCGCUCUUAACCUCAUCAGAGGAGGAAAAGGACUCAGAGCUCUGAGGUAUGACUGUAGUUAAGAGGGCUUCUGGAUUGGGGCCCCAUUCCUUAUUAACUGUGUUACCUCGUUAUUUAAACUCUCUGCACCUGUUUCUCUGCUUGCAAGGCAGAGUAAAUAACCAUAGCUGACAUUUACUGAGCACUUACUGUGUACCAGGCAUUGUUCUCAGUGUUUCACAUGAAUUACCUGAUUUACCCCUUGCCUCCACUCUCCCAGAUGAGAGCUGCUAUUAUUUCCAUUGUACAGAGGAGGAAACUGAGGCCAAAAUGGUAAAGUCACUUGCCCAAGGUCAGACAGCAUAGGAAGUGGCAGAGUGGGAACUUACAUCCAGGCUGUCAGUCUGGAACCCACACUGAAAUGAACCACAGUGCCCAUUCUAAUACUGGUACCCAAGAGGACCCUUACCACUUAGGAGGCAGAGUGACAGCAGCCUUCCUUUUGUGAUCAUGCACCUAAGAGUAAAUACUGUUUGGGCAUGUACCCUCAAUAUGUGUGUUUAUUUGUAAAUGAUAUACAAGUACUACUAUCAUGCUGUGUAUUCAUGAUAAGGCUUAAAUUAUUCCAUUUUUUAAAUUAAAAAUGAAUAUAAAGGUUUUUGUUUACUUGCCUCAACCCAACGGCUUGUCCCGCACACCUCCUGGUAUGUUCACCUGGUUUUUGAAACAGGCUUUGAAGUGGAACAGGCCCGGGUUCAAAUCCCAGCGCUUCUGCUUCCUUCCACGUGAACCAAAGCCACUGUGAGCCUGCCUGUGCACUUCUGCUUUGUACCUGGGAAAGGGGUAUGAUGAGAGCGCCCACCACACAGGGGUGCUGUGAGGCACUUGAGUGGUAAAGGGGUCAGGAAUCAGGGCUGAGUUUAGAUCCUGGCUUGGUCACCUGCUUUCUUUGUAGGUCCUGGCUUGGUGACCUUAGGUGUCGCUGCCUCUCUGAACCUAUAGAUUGGGUGGGAGGAUUGAAAUGUGAACUCCUUACAGGAAAAGGCUUCACAAUCAAGAGAAGACAAAUAUGCAAAUUUAGUUCACUCCUCCGAGGCUCAGGUGUCCAAAGCCUGACUUCUUAUAACGCAGCCUGUUUUUAGCCACUGAACCCAUAAAUGGCUCACAAAGAGACUGCCGUGUUCCCAUGGAGCAUUCUGGAAACAUACGGGGAUGAUUUGGGCUAUCACCGUGGUCGGUGAUGCUGUUGGAAGGCAUGGCCCAGGGAUAGACAUGUCUUAUGAUACAUGUAGGGCCUCUGCACACAAUUAAAGCAGUGUCCCUUGUUGCAUACAGUUUUAAAAUGGCACCUCGGACAUUCAUGAAAAACUAGUGAUGUUCAAAAAAUUUUGCAAUGGGCACAGUAAUAUAAAUUAAUAUGUAAAUCAUAUAAGCAUCCAAUUUUUGAAAUAUUUCUUUAAAUCUCAAGUAAUCAAAAUGAUCUAUCUACAGAUACAUAUUUCUUUAAGUUUUUGCCAGGAACAUAAGUUGAAGCUCUACUCAUUCUUAAAUUAUUUAAUGAUUUUGUUUCAUUUGGAAAUUGUUAGUGUGAUUUCAUUUUUUUAGUGUGAUUUCUUGAUUGACACAGCUGUAUAUGUGUACAUAUGUGAAAUAACAUUUAUCUGUAUAGAUAUAUAACCUUGCCUUAGCUAUGUAUGAUUUGACAAGGGAACCACAUUAAAUGCUUCUAUUAACUUCCCAUUAGAUUGAGAAUCAUUAGGUGACCUGCGAUUUCGACAGAUAAAGAAUUUCUCUUAGCAUCAAC